AUGACCAAACGAGUCAGACCCGGUUAUUACCGGCAAGAUAUCUCUAAAACCUCAUGGGAGGUACCGGAGCGGUACCGGGACCUGAAGCAGGUGGGAACCGGCGCGUACGGGACGGUGUGCUCAGCGGUCGACUCCAGAACAGGAACCAAAGUGGCGAUCAAGAAGCUGUACCGCCCCUUCCAGUCGGAGAUUUUUGCCAAGAGGGCCUACAGGGAGCUGAGGCUUCUCAAACAUAUGAAACAUGACAAUGUGAUCGGCCUGUUAGAUGUUUUCACUGCUGACCUCCAUCUGGACAGAUUCUAUGAUUUUUACCUGGUCAUGCCAUACAUGGGCACUGAUCUGGGAAAACUGAUGAAGAUACAGAGGCUGUCUGAGGAAAAAAUUCAAUAUUUGGUCUACCAGAUGCUCAGAGGGCUUAAGUAUAUUCAUUCUGCUGGUAUAAUUCACAGGGACCUCAAACCAGGAAAUCUGGCUAUCAACCAAGACUGUGAACUAAAGAUCUUGGAUUUUGGUUUGGCGCGGCAGGCAGACAGUGAGAUGACGGGGUACGUGGUGACGCGGUGGUACCGGGCCCCAGAGGUCAUCCUCAGCUGGAUGCACUACACUCAGACUGUGGACAUUUGGUCUGUCGGCUGCAUCAUGGCAGAAAUGCUGCAGGGGAAACCUCUCUUUAAAGGCAGUGACCAUCUAGAUCAGCUGACUGAGAUCAUGAAAAUCACAGGAACACCCACCCAGGAAUUUAUAUCAAAACUAGAGUCAGAAGAUGCAAAAGGCUACAUUAAAAGUCUUCCAAAACUGGAGAAGAAAGACCUUCACAAGGUGUUUUCCUCCACUAAUCCACGAGCCGUGUCUGUGUUGGAGCGCAUGUUAUUACUGGAUCCGGAUGAAAGAGUAAUGGCCGGCGACGCACUCUCGCUGCCAUAUUUCUCUGAGUUCAGAGAACCAGGGGAGGAAACUGAAGCACAGCCGUAUGAUCACUCGCUAGACAACGCGGACCUGCUGUUAGACCAGUGGAAACGUCACACCUUCACGGAGAUUUUGACCUUCAAGCCGGUUAUCACAGAGUCCAAAGAAUCCGUGCUGUAAAGCACAACGUGGCGGCUGUGCAGCCAACUGACAUCUACAUGUACAGUUGUAUGCAAAAAAAAAAAUAAACAACAAAAAAACGGGUCCCUCUGAGUGUGUAUUUUUAGUUUAAUGACCUUAAAAUUCAAA